AUGGGCUCUCCUCACUUAUCCAGAGACCCUUUCUUUGGCCUCACCUGUAGCCCUGGAAUUUCUAGCACAAUCGACCAGCCCCCUUCCCUACCCCGUCCGAUUCUGUCCCCGCCCCCACCGCCCCCCUCCCCACUCCCACAGCCUCCCCUGCGCCCAGGAAGAUGUUCUUUUGAACCCUGUUCUCCACACGUAGGAAGGCCUUGUUGCCCAGAGCCUAUCCCCUCGGGUCUGUCCCCUGCUAGCCCUUGUGUUGACCGGUUUCAGCUUGUAGGGUCACCUCCCUGUGCCCGUGUGCGGGGCCCUUACUGCAGCUGGAUCAGUCCCCCGAGAACACCACGUCCCUGUCCCCGAGGCCCUUUCAUUGACCAGCACACACUCUGUUACUGUGGUGGAUACCCUUCAGCCCUGGUAACCAGCCCGGUGACCUCCCCUCCCCUCACUUACGUGCCUUUGGAAGCUGGCCCCAUGAUUUCACCUACCAUCACUCCUGGGGCCCAGGGAACUUGUCCCAUGAUUUCACCUCCUCUUACUCAUAGACCCCUGGGAACUGGCCUCAUAAUUUCACCUCCCCUUGGUCACCAGCCCAUGGAAACUAGACCUAUAAUUUCCCCACCCCUUUCUCAUAGGGUUUUGGAAACUGGACCCAUGACCUCCACUCUGCUCUCUUCCUGGUCCUCAGGGAGAAGUUAUAAUGACCCUCCUCUUUCCCCAGCAUCUUCCCCACCCACUGGCAGGUUUUACCCUAGCCACCUUAAGCGUCCAGACUCUUAUGAUCCUAAACCACCACUUGACCCACCUCUUGGGAAAAAUAGUUUUGGCCCCUCACUUUCUUCUCAGGCAGGCACAUCUGCCUGUCCCAGGUCACCUCAGGAAGGCUCUUACCACUAUUCCCAUCUUCCCCCAGAGGCCCACAUUCCUGCCCCUGGGAACCCUUAUUGUUCCUUUCACCUACCCCCUGGGAGUACUGGCUCUUCUUCCUUACCCCAGUCCCAGGUUCCCAGGAAGCCUUGCUUUGAGUCUGUUUUCUCCUGGGAGACUGGUGGGAGCUCUUACCUCUGCAUAACUCCAGGCACCUCGAUUUCUGAUCCCCUCGGUCCCCAGGAACCACCUCACUCCUUGUCCUCCCACUGUCCUUGUUCUGCCUUCUUCCCUUCACCUCCAGGCAACCAGUUUAUAUCUCCACCCCAGUCACACCCCUGCAGAAGCUAUAAGGAACCCCCUCUCCCUACCCCAGUUUGCCCCCAAGCAAAGUCCCCUAAAUCUUCAGAGUCAAAACAGCCAUGUGCUCCCCACAGAUGUCACUCCCUGGUCACCCAGCACACUCCUGACCAGCCCAGGUUUCCUAAGUCCAGCACCUCUCCUCCACCUCCCUCCCACCCUUCUGGUCUCUCUGGUCCUUCUUGUAUGGUGACAUCCAUCACAACUUGCUCAAAUUCCUGCCCCAAAGAACUUCCCCAAGAGACUACCCUACCUGUUGUGGCCCCUAGAACCUUAAAAACUGUCAUCCCCACUUCCCUUCCCCUCCGCCUUCCUUGUGAUCCUGUCUUGCCCAAUAGUUAUGCUCAGACCAGCCCCCGAGGACCCACCAUAGGACCCCCCUGCAGUACCCAUAUAUAUUCUGUGGUUCCCCCCACUCCUGAUCCCUGCUUACUCUCUGGUUCCCUCAGUCAGUCCACAGGUCCCCUUCAGAGUCGUAACCAGCCCCUGGGGCUCCCCUGCGGCACUUAUAGCACUCCCAGGGGCCCACCCCAACCUCAUCGCCAGCCUGUCGCGCCUCCUUGUUCUACCCACAUCUAUUCUUUUAUCCCUUUGAGAACACCCUUUGACCCCCAAAAUUUACCCAUUGCCCCCCGAGCCCGGGGCCACCUUGAUAAUACGCCUUGUGGCCUCCACAUCUACUCUGUGGCUUCUCGAGACUCCCGCAAGGAGUCCCAGCAGAUCCCCUACAGCUGUCCUUUGUCUUCAUCCAAGAGUUCCAGCUGUAGCACUAAUGCCAGCUAUAGUUCAACUGUUAUGAUUAGUGAAUGCCAGAGUAGUGACAGCCAGAGCAAGAACACCCAGCAAAGCAGAAGUUGGAGCCAGAGUGAGAGUUCCCAUGGCCCUUGCACAAGCUGGAGUCAAAGCAAUAAUUUCCAUCUUAGCAGAACUUGGAGCGGGAGCAGUAGUCUCCAUCAAAACAUGAAUCAGGAUCAGAGUGAGAGUCCUCAACUUAGUGAAAAUCAGGGCCAGAGUGAAAAUACCCAGCACAGCACAAGUCAGGGUCCAAUCAAGAGUGCCCUCCGUAACAAAAGUCGGAGCCCAAGCAAGAGUCCCCGCCACAACAAAAAGCGGGACCACAGUAAGAGUCCCCACCAUAGCAGAAGCCGGAGCAAGAGUCCGCGCCAUGGCAGAAGUCGGAGCCAGAGCAAGAGUCCCCACCAUAGCAAACGUCGCGGUCAGAGCAAGAGUCCACGCCAUAACAAGAAAUGAAGGCAGAACAAGAGUUCUGUCCAAACCAAAAAUCCAGGCCAGAGCAAAAUUCAUGACAGUAACUGGGCUGCCAGCCAUAGCAAGCUUUCCAGCUGUGGCAGCCAGGACCAACUUGUUGACGCCUCAGCUGAGGUCUUUCUAUUUCUUUUAAUCUACUUCUGUUCUCUUUAAGCCUGACUCAUAUCCUUAUCUGCUACCCCCAUAGCAGUCAUCCUAGAAGUCCCCACUUUGGUUUACACCUCAAGGUUUCUGUGCGCUCUCCUCAUCCCACCUUCCUGGGAUCUGGGAACUUUCCCAAAAUGACCCGCAGCCCUGUGAUUCUGAGCAUUGUGCUGUCAGUCACUACAUGACCUUAGGUAAGUUACCCUCAUCUCUCCAUCAAGUGUAGAUGGUUGAUAUUUUUUGUAUCCUACUGAGCAAUCUGUUGUGGUGCUCACCUAAGCUAGGUGACAAGAAAAUGCCUUACAAAAUGGAAGGACUGUUCAGAAAGAAAGAGUCUCCUGUUUCUAAGCUCCACAGUUUCUUCCAGCCUUCUGUAGACCCUCCGCAAGAGUCCUCUCCAAGGCCUCAGGGAGUGCACUCUUUAUUGGUG